GGUGGUGGCCAUCUUGGAGGCGGGGACGCGCGGACCUGAGCUGCUGACUGCAUCUUCCUUGUCUUCUCUGAGCCUUAGUUCUACACUCCGGCCUCCCUGUCCCCCCACUUUUCAGCUGCCACGCAGGCACUUGCUCGGGACCCCAGUAUACCAUAAUAGAAGAAAGAUGAUGGAAGAGAGUGGAAUAGAGACAACGCCACCUGGGACUCCUCCACCAAAUCCUGCAGGACUGGCUGCUACUGCUAUGAAUUCUACACCAGUUCCUUCAGCUGCAACCAGUUCUUUUUCUUCUCCAAAUGUGUCCUCGGUGGAGUCCUUGCCGCCGCAUGUGUGUUCUACUCCUCUGCCGUCCCUUCCUCCUGUGGGGCCUUCGGCAUCGUUACCUUUUGUGUCUCCUUCACCAGUUCCUUCUGUUCCACCACUUGUAACUACUUUACCACCUCCUGUUUCUCAGUCAACGCCUGUUGCCUUCAGUAGUCCUCCUUUACCCAACUUUUCAACUUCCCCUUCCGCCCCUAGUGCUCUUUUAUCUGCACCCUCUUCGGGUCCUCCUAUAUCAGGAUUUUCUGUUGGUUCAACUUAUGACAUUACAAAAAGAUGACCAGUAAGGGGAUCUUAACCCUUGACUUGGUGUUUUAAUGGAAUAAAUUACACAUAUUAAAAUUUUUGCCAUUAACUAGGUAUUAUGCCACCUCCUAUUACUCAGCAAGCCAGUUUGACAUCUCUGGCACAGGGAACUGGAACCACAUCAGCCAUUACUUUCCCAGAGGAACAAGAAGAUCCUAGAAUUCAUAGAGGUCAGGAUGAAGCAUCUGCUGGUGGAAUCUGGGGUUUUAUUAAGGGUGUGGCUGGGAAUCCUAUGGUGAAAUCUGUGCUAGAUAAGACAAAACAUUCAGUAGAAAGCAUGAUUACAACGCUGGAUCCUGGCAUGGCUCCAUAUAUCAAAUCUGGAGGUGAACUGGAUAUUGUAGUAACCUCAAAUAAAGAAGUAAAAAUUGCUGCUGUCCGGGAUGCCUUCCAGGAGGUCUUUGGCUUAGCUGUGGUUGUAGGGGAAGCUGGACAGUCCAGUAUUGCCCCACAGCCAGUGGGCUAUGCAGCUGGAUUAAAAGGUGCCCAGGAGCGGAUAGAUAUCUUGCGUCGAACUGGAGUGAUCCAUGAAAAACAGACUGCUGUGUCAGUAGAAAACUUCAUCGCAGAAUUGCUGCCUGACAAAUGGUUUGACAUUGGUUGUUUAGUAGUUGAAGAUCCUGUGCAUGGCAUUCAUCUAGAAGCAUUUACACAAGCCACACCAGUGCCUUUGGAAUUUGUACAACAGGCUCAAAGUCUAACUCCCCAGGACUACAAUCUAAGGUGGUCAGGCCUUUUGGUGACAGUGGGUGAAGUUCUGGAAAAGAGUUUACUAAAUGUCAGCCGGACUGAUUGGCAUAUGGCUUUUACUGGCAUGUCUCGUCGACAGAUGAUCUACAGUGCAGCCAAAGCAAUAGCAGGCAUGUAUAAACAGCGCCUGCCACCUAGGACCGUGUGAGAGAACACCUAUCUAGGAUAUUGAGACUUUCCCUCACUUUACCUUGAUGUUGAAAAAGAGAUUGUACCUUAUUAAAUUGAAUAGCUUCAGUGAAUCCAGCAGUUUUUAUAAUUUUCCUGUAGGCUACAAUUUUUGUUUUUCUAGAAAGGCAUGGUGUCAUUCAAAAAGAUGAAAAGAAACAAAUCCUUUUUAUAAUCCUAUAAUUUCAUAUAUCAUAGUUCUCAAAGAAGAAUAUAUACAAAUACAUUUAUAGCACAAUUUAAUGUACCAAAUUUGUAAAGUAGAAAAUUCAUGUGCAAAGACAUUUAACUUAAUAAUGUGUACUUGAUUAUUUUGUUGUUUAAAGACAUAAAGAACGUGUUUAUUGAA